GCCAUUGUUAAAGUGACAUGAUGACAAGACUCGAAAGAAAUUUACCCCAUUUGUUUUCGUAAAUAUGGAAACUUCUAAUGACAACGAUUCACAAAAAGAAGAGGGAGAGUUAUCAGACGAUGAUAACGAACCCGAAAAUUGUCCCAAUGGUGUCCAAAGUGUUCUGAAAAGGGAAGCAGACGAGUUCCAAUUUGGGAAUAGAAAUUUUGAUACACGACAUAGAGGAAACACAGUCUGGCAGAACUUAUCGUACAGGCAUCAACCACCAAACAUAAUGCCAAAUUACCCCUUGAACUCUCCGUCUACGUGGGAUUAUAACCACGGAAUGGGGACACUCAGAUACGACAGAAUUCGACCCAUGGCAACCCCACCCCCUCCUCAGAAAUGGGACCCCAGGGACAAUAGACCACGCCUACCAAAUAACAGACCCUUGUUACCCACACCUAGUCCUCGUAUGAGAAAUUCCCAGAAUUCAUCAAAUUAUAGAAACCAACCAAUUCAAAGAGUCCAGCAAACUAAUAAACACUCUUAUGAAAGAAAUAAACAGUAUCCUAUUCAAGAUGUUCCAAAAGAGCCCCUAUUGGCUAAUAAAGAUGAUGAAGCUGAUAAUUAUGAGCAGCUCCUACAGAAAUAUCAGGACAUCAAAGAAAAGCUUGCUGAAAUUCAAUCGCAAGAAAAAGCUGUUCAGGAACCAGUUAGAGAAACUUCCACUCAAGAGAAACCUGAAAACCAGAAACUAACUGCAACAAAAUCACAACCGAUUCACAAGAUUACACCAAGGAAACCGGAGACUAAAGUAGUGGUAGACAUCACAGGCGAGGUAGCCAAAGAAAAGGUGGUAAGAGUAUUUCCCAAUUUUUGGCGUAAGCAAGUUAAAGAUGGCUGCAUUCAAGAAGUGCAGAAUAAGGAAGAACCUCUGUUGAACGUCAAAGAGGAGCCAACUGAUGAUAGGGAGGGCAAGUCGGAGGAACCACAGGCCAUCACAACGGACAGUGGGGCCGACAUAAAGAAGGAACCACCAGACGUCUCGGAGGUUGCCACAAGCAUCAAGGUUGAAGAGGUUGUGGUUCUCAGUGAUGAAGAAUCAGGGAAAGAGAAUGAACAAGAAGAAGAUAAAGAUGCUGAUGAGGAGGAGGAUGAAGAAGAAGACAUGGCUCUUUUGGAGCUUCGUCUCAUCGCCUUAGCCUCAGCAGUAAAAAAAGAAGGAUCUGCCGAGGCACAAGAAAAGCCACCAUCUAAGGAAGUCACCAGUAAUAGAAAAGAGACUCCAAGAAAAACAUCUAGAGGAAAUGAAAGAAGCACGACUCGGACCAGCAGUGGCACAAACAGACAGACAAAGCAGACAAGAGCAGGUAGACCAACUCAGAAUGUUAAAAGCACUGGCAAUAGAAGUUCAAGGUCAACCUCAUCUGGAAGAUCACCAGCCCCUCGUAAGCCACUGGCUGGGACCAGUAUCAGGCGCCAAAAUUCAAGGAGAAGUGAAGACCGUAGACGAGAAAGCAUAGUAGAAAAGCGACGCCAGGAGGAAAGGAAAGAAAGUCUGGCAGAGAAAAGAAGACAGGAGAAUAAAAGAAGAGCAGAGGAAGACAAGCGAAGGGCUGAGGAGGACAAGCGAAGAGAAAUCCAAAAGAUCCUCACCAUUGAUGACCCACAGGAGCAGGUCAACAGAUUCCUACGCAUGCUGGAUGACAAGCGAUUUCCAGAGUACACUAAGCUUUCAAGCACAGAGAACAAGAGGAAGCCAUCGGUUGGGAAACAGACCACACAGGACAAAGCGCCCCCACUGAAGGACAAUUAUGAGGAGGUGGAGAUGGAUCUAGACAGUGAUACUGAGACAACAACCAUAUCUAUGGAUCAGAGUGGCAGAUUUGAUGACAUGAUGGACAAGGAUUACAGACAAGGUUUCAUGUAUCCAUUGCCUCUAAUGAAUGUGGACACUUCAGCAGGCAAUGUUCAGAUUCCACAGUGGAACGACCCAUACUUCCCAGGCUACAGUGACAUUAUGUCGGAGGAAAUUCCUGACUCCCAGAAUUCCUGGCCUCAGGACCCGGUCUACAAACAGAGUUACAACGACCCCACCUACGGUGGUGGUCUAAAACCGUGGACAGAAGUCUACCAUGCUGAUACCACCGACCCAUUAAAACUUCCUCCCCCACCCCCACCCCCUCCCCCACCUUUACCCCCAGAUGAACCUAUCCCUCCACCCCCUCCAGAUGCUCCUUCCCCACCCCCACUCCCUUCAGAGCCUCCCCCAGGGGAUGAAAGGUCCCCCAGUUUAGAACAGACAGGAAGGAAAGGACACAGUGAUUUAUAUGCGGCCCUGAGGUCCUCCCCUGACCUUUCAGAUGACCUGGAUAAAGAAGAGGCUCAGUUGAGGGCUCAGUUACUCAAAUCUCUAGCAGCGAGGAAAAUGAAAGAAAAGAUGGAGAAAUUAAAAAAUGAGUCCCAAUCUGCUGACAGUUCACCCACACGAUCUCAGUCACCCGUAGUGAUGACCUUGAACCAGAAGCCUAAACCAGUCAGGAGUCGGCAGCCCAUGGCUCAGCUGGUGAUUCCAAUCCAUGAGCCAGUUGUGAUAAACUUGAAUGACGAUUCCUCAGACGAAGAGGAAUAUCCUCAUCAUAAAUCAUCAGCCAUUCCUGUGUCCUCCCUCCAGGGGUCCAGUAACACGAACAGUGGACCAAAGCCCCUCCAGUCACGCUCCAGUGCCUCCAGUUUUUUAUCCGGCCUGGACUCUUUCUUGAAAGAGGCGCGGUUGUCCUCUGGGAAUCAGGAAAAGAAGCAGAAAGAGGACAAUGAGAGGAAGAGGAAGCUUCAAGAGAUGGAGGAAGAUCUCCAUAAUCAAAAAAUUGGUGUAGAAAAGGGUAGAAAACUGUUUAAAUCUCUGCUAAUGCGCUGUUCCAAGAACAAGAAGGAGUGGACCGAUGCCCAGGCCCGAGUAGAAGAUCUGAAACAGCAGCUAGAGGAGGCGGAGGGGCUGGUGAUCAGGAAGAAGGACCAGUUCGACAUGUCCCGUAAACAGGCUCGAGGUCUACGAGACAAAGUGAACCAGAAACAAGCGGAGGUAGAGAAGCUGGAGGCAGCAGUGAAGGAGGAGGGAGUCCAGGUGUAUGGUGAGGACUAUAGCAUCAACAACUCCAGGCGGGAGGUGACCAUGGCCGGCAAAAAGAGAGUCGAAAACCUGGCCGUCACUGUCAUCAACGAGCAUGCAGUGAAGAAAGGAGCCUCUGGGAAAGAAAACAUUCAACAGACCAAGAAAAAGAGUGUCCCAGAUAUCACUGAAGAGAAAGAACGCCUUCAAAACUUGGAGAAAGAAUAUGCUCGGCGAAUCCAGCAUCUUAAAAUGGCUAAUGCCAAACGGAAGAUCCAGGCUCGGAAAGCCAGGAUCAGCAAUGGAAGGAAGAGCUCCACUGAGAUUCCUAGACUUGAGAAGAUCGAGAUUGAUCUAACGGAAGAGACGGGGGAGGGAGGUGGAGAAGUGGAACAGCCGACUAAGCGCCGCCGUUCCCUUCUGGAGCUGAACCCCAGCACCAAGCCAAACAUUGAGAAAAAGGCAGAGGAGAGUUCAUUACCGGUGAAAACUUUUGUUAGUGCUAAAGACAGUCCUAAAAAGUCUACUGACUUCAAUGUGCCAAAUCCUCAGCAAAUAAAAAAGCUGAAACACUUGUUGGAUGAAAACAUUUCCACAUAUUUGUCAAAACAAGAUGUUCUUCCGUUGACAUCAAGUUAUUGUGAAAACAUCUUCACUCAAGAGUCACAAGAGAUUCCAGCUAUAGUCGAACACAGGAAAGUCCAGAGGAGGAAAGAGGACCCUAGUUCUAUGAUAGCUCCUUACUCCUAUGUCAGUCCACUACGCCAUUUCAAAUCCUACAGAUUUAGCCCCUACUUCCGCACCAAGAACAAGCUCUCCCUUUCAUCGCUGACUUACUCCAACAAGCUGAAUGUGAACCGUGUGCUGUGUAAAUACGAUCUACAGGGCACCUGCAAUGACGAGGAGUGUUUUGGACAACAUCAGAAGGACUACCAGCUGUCGGAGCAGGAAGUCCUACAAGACAUUGUGGCCUACAAUCCGUCUAUCUGUGGGGUGGCAUCAAAUACAUCACCCCUCUACUGCAGCAGACUUAUUGACACCUAUGUGAAGAACCUGAGUAAGCAGCACAGUGGACGACUGACAUCCGACCAACUCAAGAUCUUCCUGGUCAGCCAGGUCCUGGAGAGGUCCGCUCAAAAGAAACCUUAUUCCAUGUUUGUGGAGGCCAGAAUGUGGAGAGUCCACCAAACAGACAAGAAGAAGAAGUCUGACAAGUCUUCUAAGGACCUCUCUAAUGAUAAAAUAGAGUGGGAACAGCCAGACACUGACCUUGACAAUGUCAUCGGAGAAGCAGACGUCAGAUAUUUCAUGUCCGACUCUUCCAACAUUCAGGACAUGGAAUCAGCAGUGCUGGAAAAUCCAGACGACACAAGCAUGUGGAUCAAACUGGCCUACAAGAAACUAUCUGACACUCAGAGCCACACCCCUUCAGAGUGUUUGGACCAUGCCCUCAAUGUUCUGUCCAGGGGUCUGGAGAAAAACAAGACCAGUGUGGAAUUGUGGGAGAAUUAUUUGACCCUGUUUGCCAGACACCCUGACAAGCAGGAGCUGGGAGUCAUGUGUCAGACCGCCCUUCAGCUGACCCCAAGCUACGCCAUCUGGUGGAAGUAUCUUGGUACUAUCAAAUCACUCCACAAAAAGGCAGACACUUGCGAUUCCAUUUUGAAUUUCCUGAAGUCCCAUGAUGCAGUUGACUCAGAGCUUCGUUCCUUUUGGUGCCUAGAAACAGUAUUAUAUAAGAUGUCGCUUCACUGCUGGAGUGGAAAACACAAGACCGCCGCCAACUUUCUGCAGUACCUGCUAACUGCUGAGGGACCUAACAGGUACGAUUGGCUGAAGUCUGCACUGUCCGUGGAGGACCGGUGUGUCCUAUGGCUGGCCUUCCUCCACAUCAUGGGCUACAAGUCUGUCCCCCACCAGCUCUACGACCCAACCAACCAGUCCACAGGGAAGAUUGUCUGUAAGGAGAAUUUGACCUUAAACUGGGAGUUGACCCCUGACCUUCUGCUACCAGUGGACCAUUUCAAGGAGAUGAUGUGGAAGGCCUGUGACUUUGUGAGGAGUCUGGAGGGAGAGGAGAUAUCCCAGGGUUCCAUGCUGUUCACCAAUCUCUUUCACCUCCUUAAAGUCAGCACCAUGUAUGAGGAGGCCGCUAACUUGGGUCGACAACUUCUGAUGAAGGACCCUAGCCUGGUCAGUGUGUGGGUGUGUGUGGCAGAUCUCUACAGCCACUGUGGAGAACCUCAGGCCACUAGACAGGUAUUUGCAGACAGUUUAGAUGCCAAUCCAUUUAGUCCUCAUCUGUACUUCUAUGCAGCAAACUUUGAACUAAAGCAGGGAGAGACAAACAAGGCCAUAGAGACGUUGGAGAAGAGUGUCCUUGUGUUCUACGAUGUCGACAUCGAGUCAGAUUUAGCUGACCCCAAUCUUCUCUUCUGUUCCCUCUUGAAUGAGGACAUCCCGGUGAAAUACACACCCCCAAACAUCAAGGAGGCUGUGACCCCAGAACUUAUCCUGGAGGAGAAUCUCUAUCUGUGGCUAAACUACAGUCUUCUGUUGGAGCUACAGGGUGACACAUCUGCUGCGUUGGAAGCCUAUGAAACCAUGCUGGGCUCCAUGGAAACGACCUCUGACCUGACAGAGGUUUGGUGCAGAUAUCUAGCCUUCAGCCAGAGGCUCAUGGUUGCCAAGGAGACAGUUGCUAUGGGAGCCAAGACCUAUGUAAGCCUGUUCAAUCGAGCCCUGACUUCUGUCCCCACGAUGUUUGACACCCCCCACUCCCCAGGAUCCACCUGGCUGAAUUAUCGCCCUGUCAACAGGAUCAUUGACCUCUACAUCAGCAGCGUUCCCAAGGACGACCGAUUGUCCGAGUAUCAGAUGAUUCUGGAGAAGAUGCCACUCAAUGUGGAGUUGCUCCUACGGGUGUGUCAAGAGGUGAUACAGAGGGAGAACUUCUACCAGGCCAAGAGUCUCUGCACCACCGCAGUCAUAGAGAAGCUGGCCAACCCAGCUCUGUGGAAGAUGGCGAUAUCUUUGAGCUUGAAACUGGAGAAUAUAGCAGAGACUCGAAGACUUUUCCACAAAGCAGUUCAGUUCCAUCCGUACCAUGUGACCUUUUGGAAAGAUUUCCUGCUGUUUGAAGUCACCCAUGGCUCCUGUACAAUGGUACCAAGGAUACAGAAGCGUUGCCAAGAGCUCGGCGUAGAAAUUGAGGAAUUUUCACAAUUUUUAACAAAUUAUUCAAAAGCUUCCUCUUGACAAUAAGGAAGCAUAUGCAAGGAAAUAGUAAUCAUUAUUCAAAUCAUGACAUCAAUGCUCAAAUACAUUUCAAGAAUUACAAUUCGUCGGACAUGGUGAAGCUGAUAUUUCUGAGCAAGUAUCGUAAGUAUAUUAAGCCUUUAACAUGGAAGAGGUCCCCUGCAGGACGGGGGAAAGGCCCCCUUCUUGCCAAGUUUAUAUCAUAUAACUCUGUACACUGUAAAAAAUAUAUAUACGGACCCCAUGUUAAGGGCUUGGGCUUUUCUUUAUUUUCAUGGAAUGUUGUGAGCUAAUAUUUUAUCUUGUGUUUGUCAUACAAUACACUCCCAAGAUGUCCCUUGAGCUUCAUUGUGGAAACUGGCUUUUUGUGGUCUGUCCAUGUGUGAAGACAAAAGCGAGAAGAUUUGAGUGAGUGAAAGAACCCUGAGGAUGAAUGUAUUGGACAUUGAAUCAAAAAACUGAUCAUGUUGUCUUUCCAACGAAUUGAAAAUUUUGAAUAUUAAUUUGCAUUAAUAUUCAAAGGCAUUAGCAUAUAUACCUCAAGUUUUUGUUUAUUUAAAAAAGUAAUGAUUAAGGAGCUAAAUGGUGAUAAUCAAUUUUGAUCUACUUAAUGGUUUUUUUUAUGCUUUUGGUGUCUGGUAUGGGUAAAGUUUUGGAUCAGUGGAAAGGUUAAAUCAGUAUUUUUUCAUUGUUUGAUGAAAGUUUUUGAGAGGUAUACAUGCUAUCCCAGUGAAUUUGAUUGUAGUGAUGUUGUGAGUAAAUGUGUUGUUAUUACAUCUUAUGAAUUUUAUAUCACUUCUACAAUCAUUUUUUUGACGAUUCUUUUAUGAAUUAAAUAAAUAUUCAUUUCAAA